GAGAGAAAGAUUGUGAGAGGGGUGUUGCCGCCUCUGGGACACACUCACGCAUCAAAGAGUAACAUCAUCAGCAGCAGUGGGAGCAGAGCAUCCAUCCAGGCUUUCUCCGGGAAAAACAAAACCUGUUCUUGGCAUUUUUGAAGCUGUACGCAUGGUUUAAUAUUGGCAAACAACAAAACAAAAUAUCCUGGAGAUACUCAGCACCUUAUCGUAAGCAGAUCGAUCUCGACUUGAAAAGGAAGGUUUGUUUGGAAGCAGACGAAACCUUUCAGCACCUUGGAAAGCGAUCAUGGCUCCGAUGUUGGAGGACGGAGCUCAGCCUGUGGCAGUGCCAGUAGGUGUUGCUGUGGUGAGUGUUUUUGGCCUCGUCUUCACUGCGUCAGCUUUCGCCUGGAUCUGUUGCCAGCGCAAAAACACCAAGUCCCAGAAGACUCCUUCCUACAAGUUUGUGCACAUGCUGAAGGGGGUUGACAUCUACCCAGAAAGCCUGAGCGGCAAGAAGAAGUUUGCUGAAUCCUCGACCCCAACAACUAACGACGGCGGUAAAACUGACGUUAAUGGAAAUUCCCAAACUACGCCAAUGAGUUCUUCGAGUACCGAUAAACUGGCAUCAAGCCCAAAUGGUUCCAGACCGGACAUGCAUCUUGAACUUGAGAAGCGGGAUCUGAAUGGCAACUUUACCACCAAACCUUUUCACCACCAUCACCAGAAGGUGAGGAGCUCUCCAGAUUUGGAGCUGCCCUCACCCCAUGCAGGGUUCACCCAACCAGGAGCGAUGGACCGCCGCGAUCUCCCUUCACCUUCCAGCACUCUUUCCAGCCAAGCACCCACCCCCGCUGUUGACAAGCCGCAGGGAGAGGAGAAGGAGGGUGGCCUGGGGACUCUUCACUUCUCUCUCGAGUACCAGGCGGAGAGGAAGGCGUUUAUUGUUCACAUCAAGGAAGCCCAUGGUCUGACCCCAACUGAUGAGCAGUCACUUACCUCUGAUCCCUACAUCAAGCUCACUCUGCUACCGGAGAAAAAGCACAGAGUAAAGACCAGAGUCCUCCGGAAGACGCUAGAUCCUGCCUUUGACGAGACCUUCAGCUUUUACGGGAUCCCACUGGCACGAGUGUCUGAGCUGGCCCUUCACUUCAUGGUGCUGAGCUUCGAUCGGUUCUCUCGUGAUGAGGUCAUUGGAGAGACCCUCGUUCCAUUAUCUGGAAUCGACUUGUCAGAGGGGCGUGUCCUAAUGAGCCGAGAGAUUAUUAAGAAAAACAUUAAGAAGUCCUUGGGACGUGGAGAGUUGCUGCUCUCCCUGUGUUACCAGUCCACCACCAACACUCUGACUGUGGUUGUCCUCAAAGCUCGCCACCUGCCCAAGAAUGAAAACAAAGGACCCACAGAUCCUUACGUGAAGGUGAACAUGUUUCAAGGAAAGAAGCGCAUAUGUAAGAAGAAGACUCACGUGAAGAAAAGCUCCCCCAACCCAGUCUUCAAUGAGCUCUUUGUCUUUGAUUUGCCUUCUCAAGAGGGUUUGAGGGACACCAGUGUGGAGUUGCUGCUGAUGGACUCAGACAAUGGCAACUCACGCAGCCCAAACACCGUCAUCGGGCGCCUGGUGUUGGGCACAUCUGCUGCAGGAACCGCUGGUGAGCACUGGAGGGAGAUCUGUGACCACCCGCGUCGCCAAAUUGCCAAGUGGCAUGUCAUGACAGAGGAUUAGAAAAGCUGGGUGUGUGUGGAUUCUGACAUUGAUGCCACAUCGAAAGGUCAACCAAGAAGAUGGACAAGAUGUGAUGUCCUGCUGGCCAACACACAUUGGACUCUAAGUGGGAAGGAGGCGGGGUGGGUUCAGGGGU